UUCACAUUUAUGAAAGUAUGUGGAUGUUAUCGUUUUAAGAUUAAGAUGGUGUCCGAAGGGUCUCAUAGACGCUACUUUGACCUUUUGAAAAAAUCCACUCCUGAUGGAAAGUUAUCACUGUUCUUAGAUCGCAGAACAUUUAUAGAUCAUUUCAGCCACGUCGAUCCUGUAGAUGGAGUUCUAUUAGUAUCACAAGAUAUAAAGAAUACUGAAUAUGUAUUUUUAAUCUUCACAUGUUCAUAUCGUUUUGGUCGUGAUGAUUUAGAUGUAUUAGGAUUAACAUUUCAAAAAGAAUUAUUAAUUUAUACAAAAUGUUUAUGGCCAAAUCAUUCAUUAAUUAUUGAUAAACAAUUACCUAUUUAUAAUAAUAUAAAUAAACAAAAUCAAAAUACAUGGAAAAAUAAAUUUAAAAGAAAAAUAAAAAAGAAAAUUGAAUCAAUUGAAGAGAUUUCAUCAAUUGUAUUAAGUGAUGAUUCUUAUGGAAUAUUUAGUCAAACUUUAACAAUGAAUGAUUUAUCACCAUUUCAAUUAAAAUUAAUUAAUAAAUGUAAUCAACAUACUAUACCAUUUCGUAUAUUUUUACCUCCAUCCAUAUCUCCUUCAUCAGUUGCUAUCCAAACAACCCAAGGAAGUAAUAAUAAACCUUAUGGUAUUAAUUAUGAAUUGACCGCAUUUAUUGGUAAACGAAUUGAUGACAAUCAACCAACAAGUUCAACAGUAACAAUUGUUUUAAGAAAAUUAACUGCUGGACCAAAAAUAACACAUCGUCCUUUAGAACCUAUUAUUGAAUCAAUUAAAAAAUCUAUUAAUUUACCAUGUCGUAAUGGUGAAUUAUUUAUUCAAGCAUCUAUUGAAAAACCAUUGUAUUAUCAUGAUGAAUCUGUAUGUGUAUCAAUAGUAUUGGAUAAUUUAUGUCAAUUACCUGUUAGGAAGUUACAAGUAGCAAUUGUACAAAUUGCUGAAAUUUAUGUCUUGACCAAAGGAAGGUAUCGAUCGACAAUAGAUAAGCAUUUCUGCAAAGUUAAUCUACCUCAAGCUGGAGAACAACAAUGGAAAUAUACAACAAUGUUAAAUACAAAUUUAACAGAUAAUCUAUUAAAACGUGGUGUUGCAUUAGAUGGUUAUAUAAGACAAGAGAAAAAUUGGUUAGCUUCAUCAACAGUAUUGAAUUUAUCUGAAAAUUUUAAAGAAUGUUUAAAAAUGAUGCAAAAUAUUAAUAAAAAUGUAAAUAACUCUACAGACCUGGUAAUAAAAGCUAAUAAAGAGCUACAUGGAAUUGUAAUUUCCUAUUGUGUUCGAGUUAGAUGCUGGAUUGGAAUCAGCCGAUGUUCAUUGUACAUUCCAUUCUUAUUGAUGCAACCGGAGAAAGAGUCUGAAGAAGAGAAUAAUCAUGUAAAUUGUACAAAUAAUCAUACUUUACAUGUGGAUAUCAUUGAGAUUCAUCCUUCAGAAUUGAAAGUGAAUAAUAAUGAAUUAAUGGAAUCAUCAAAUGACAAUAAAGAGUAUAAGUGUAUAAUGAAGAAUUGAAUAAUUCAAUAUAAAUGUCUUCAUAAAUAUUCAUUAAUGUAUUUGUCAACAGUUUGUCAAUUGAAUAGGUCUGUGUUUACUUUGUGUUUUAGUUGGGUUUUUUUUUGGUUAUUCAUUCUUUUUAAAGGAAUAAUACUGUUGUGUUUUUGUUUUCUGUUUCAUUAUUACUAUUAUUCUUAUUCUUAUUAUUAUAUUAAUGAUAUUUCAUAUUAACACAAUGUUUCUAGUCAAUUAAUGAAUUGGAUCACAACUACUGAUGUUAUAUAUAUCUAUAUCUAUAUAGACUGUGAUCACCUUCAGUUAUUAUUCGUAUUCAAUAAAUGUAUAAUAAAUGAAUUGUAUUACAUUUUAUACUUAUGACAUCUAUAGAAUAGAUUGAAUGUUUAUUUUCUUUUGUAUAAUGAAAUCUUGUGUAGUGGAUGGUUUGCAAAUAUUAACCUGAAAUCUCGUAUUAAUAACUGUCACUAGAAAACGAUUGUUUAUUUACUUACUUAUGUCUGUUACUUCUAAUGGAGCAUAGGCCACUCUGUCCUGAGACUCCUUUUCUAGUUCCAUCCAAUUCUUAUUCAUUUUUCUCAUGUCUAUCUCCAUUUCUUAGUGUUAUUUGUUCUUCGGUCUUCCUCUUUUCCUUUGGCCUUGAGGAUUCCAUGUGAGGGUUUAUCUUGCGACGCAGUUGAAUUCUUCCCUCAAUGUAUGUCCUAUCCACUUUCAGCAGUUCUUCCGGAUUUCUUCUUCCGCUUGAAUGAGGUUUGUUCUCUCCUAAAAUAGAUUGUUGCUAAUAGUGUUCAAUCAAUGGAUCCGAAGUAUUUUGCGUAGACAACUAAUAUUAAAUGGAUAAAUA